AUGUCCAAGUCACUUCAAUCGGAAAACCUAGUGCCCAGUGCCUUCCACGCUGAUGCAAAACAGGUUGUGGACAUCAAGUCAGAUAAUUCGUCUGACCAAGACGCGAACCACAUUGCUAUUUCAUCCAUCAGCAAGGACGAACCGCUCGUGACCAGGAGGGAGUUGUGGAGUUAUUACUUAUACUAUAAUGGUGACAAUGGCGUCGGUCCUCUGGGCUAUACACAAACCCUGUUCCAGGGGCUUGCCACAGCAGCGGGAUAUGAUCCCAUUGCAGGCCCUGGCUCGUCGUGCCUUGCAACAACUGCUUCUGGCCAAUGCGUAGUUCCCUGGGGUAGCGGCACCAAGUCAGUUUCCAGCGUGGUGCUGAUUGCGAAUGGUAUCAGUUUCGCUAUUAUGACAGCUAUAUUCACUACCGUCGGUUCUGCUGCUGACUACGGCACGUUCGGACGGUGGUUGCUGCUCGCUGUCACAGUGGUGUGCUGGGCUGCACAGUAUGCCUGUAUGGCGCUUACUACUCCCAAUCGAUGGGUCCUUGCGAUGGUUUUGUACAUCAUCGGUUUCGUCUCAUACGGUGCGACGCUUGUUUUUUAUGCCGCUGUAUUCCCUCGCCUCGCACGCAAUACCCCGCAUGCACGCCAGUUGAGAGAAAAGUACGAAAGUGGCGAGAUUCCUCCUGAAGUUUACGAGCAAGAAGAGUCCCUGGAAAAGAAUAGGAUCAGUAAUAUCUCUACCGUUCAUAGUAAUAUCGGAUAUAUUAUCACUUUGUUGUUGAACUUGGCGCUUUUGCUGCCGAUGACGAACAACCCCAAGGUGGACAAUUAUGUCCUCAUGCUUGUCACUACGUAUUGGGUGGUACUGGGUAUCUGGUGGUUUGUCCUCCAGGAACCUAGGCCAGGCCCAAAAUUGCCUAAAGGUGAACGGUACCUGACGAUUGGAUGGAAGCAGAUCUGGGCUGCGCUGAAGACAUACAAGCAUCUUCCCUACACUUUCGUGUACCUGUUCUCCUUCUUCCUUCUUGCAGAUGGGCUGAACACUACCGGAACCCUAGUUUCCAUAUGCCAGAACAACAAGUUCAGUUUCUCAUUCCUGCAAAAUACAUAUUUGGGCUUGUCACAGGCAAUCACCUCGACAAUCAGCACUCUCGCUUUCUGGUAUAUCCAGAGAUAUUGGAAGAUUAGCACGAAGAAGAUGUUUGUGGCGACCAAUGUUGUCACUAUUCUGAUUCCGCUGUGGGGUAUGAUUGGAAUAUGGACAGAGAAAUUUGGGUUCCACAAUGUCUGGGAGUUCUGGGCAUACAACAUCGUAUUUGGCCUUUUCCAGGCGCCUUACUACGCGUUCUCUCAGACAAUGAUGGCCGAGCUGAGUCCGCCCGGUUUUGAUAACAUGUUCUUCGGUCUCUUCGGUCUGUCAAACCGUGCUUCUUCUAUGGUAGGACCCAAUGUCAUCCAAGUUAUAAUCAACAACACGGGGAACAACUGGCAAGGGUUCCCGUUCCUCUUUGCGAUGUGCACGGCUGCCUCGCUGGUAAUUUGGUUUGGAGUUGAUGUCACGAAGGGGCGGAGGGAUGCUGUGAGGUGGGCAGCUGAGCAGCGCAGGCAUGCUCACUAG